UCCACAAAAGUACACUGUAUCGCGUGCGCUCAGCGCAAUCCCGAAAAACGGAGGUCCCAACAAAACAGAACAUUUACAUCUGGUGCAGAGAAAACCAUCUUUUAGCACGGGGGAAAGCAACAUCAUUUGUUGAAUAGUUGGCUUAUCGAUAGGCUUGAUGCGUUUAUUUUGUUAUGCUUUUGACCUACUGCUACAUUAGAAGAUGGCGGAGUCUGAUGGUGGGGAUUUCGCCUCAAAUCGUCCGCAGAACAGUAUGGCUAACCAGAAUAGCACCCUGCGUUGCACGUUCUCAGCCCCAAGCCAUAGCGCCACUCUCCUGCAGGGCUUGUCGGCCCUGCGAGCCCAGGGGCAGCUCCUGGAUGUGGUGCUGGCCAUCAAUGAGGUGCGCUUCCAGGUUCACAAGGCAGUGCUGGCCUCCUGCAGUGACUACUUCAGAGCCAUGUUCACCGGAGGCAUGAGGGAGUCAAACAAAGACACCAUUGAGCUGAAGGGCUUGUCUGCCCGCGGCCUGAAACACAUCAUUGACUUUGCCUACAGCGCAGACGUCACACUUGACCUGGACUGCAUUCAGGAUGUACUGGGAGCAGCUGUCUUUCUCCAGAUGGUCCCAGUCGUGGAGCUCUGUGAGGAGUUCCUCAAGUCGGCCAUGAGCGUAGAGACCUGCCUGAACAUCGGCCAGAUGGCCACCACCUUCAACCUGUCCUCCCUCAAGGAGUCUGUGGACGCCUUUACCUUCCGCCACUUCCUGCAGAUCGCUGAGGAGGAGGACUUCCUGCACAUUCCCAUGGAGCGCCUGGUCUUCUUCCUGCAGAGCAACAAGCUGAAGAACUGCAGCGAGAUCGACCUGUUCCACGCUGCCAUCCGCUGGCUGCAGCACGACGAGGCCCGCCGGGCCGGAGCCAACAAAGUGCUCUGCCACGUGCGAUUCCCCCUGAUGCGCUCCUCGGAGCUGGUGGACAGCGUGCAGACGGUGGACAUCAUGGUAGAGGACGUGCUGUGCAGGCAGUACCUCCUGGAGGCCUUCAACUUCCAGAUCCUCCCCUUUCGUCAGCACGAGAUGCAGUCCCCACGGACCCUGAUCCGCUCUGAAGUGGUUUCGCUCAUUACCUUUGGUGGGACACCCUACACCGACAAUGAUCGCACUGUGAGCAGUAAGGUGUUCUAUCUUCCAGACAUUGCAGCGCGUCAGUUCAAGGAACUAACGGAGACGGAGACCGGUUCCAGCCACGCCUGUGUAUCGGUACUAGACAACUUUGUGUACGUAGUCGGCGGGCAGCACCUGCAGUACCGCAGCGGCGAAGGGGCGGUGGACAUCUGCUUCCGCUAUGACCCGCACCUGAGCCAAUGGCUGCGCAUCCAGCCGAUGCAGGAGGGGCGCAUUCAGUUCCAGCUCAACGUUCUUCAAGGACAACUCUACGCCACUGGGGGGCGCAACCGAUCUGGAAGUCUGUCGUCAGUAGAGUGCUACUGUCCCAAGAAAAACGAGUGGACAUACGUAGAACCACUGAAACGCAGAAUCUGGGGCCAUGCAGGAACUCCCUGUGGCGACAAGCUCUACAUCUCAGGGGGUUACGGUGUCUCGGUGGACGAUAAGAAAACCCUGCACUGUUAUGAUCCCACAUCUGACCAAUGGGACUUCAAAUCACCCAUGAACGAGCCCAGAGUGCUUCAUGCUAUGAUCAGCGCCAAAGAUCGUGUUUACUGCCUGGGCGGUCGCAUGGACCACGUGGAUCGCUGCUUUGACGUCCUGGCGGUUGAGUAUUAUAUCCCCGAGAAUGACCAGUGGACCACUGUUAGCCCCAUGCGAGCAGGGCAAUCUGAGGCAGGCUGCUGCUUGUUGGAUAAAAAUAUCUAUAUCGUUGGAGGGUACAAUUGGCAUCUAAACAAUGUCACAAGCAUCGUGCAAGUGUACAACACAGAGACUGAUGAGUGGGAGAGGGAUUUGCACUUCCCUGAGUCUUUUGCAGGAAUUGCGUGUACGCCGAUCAUACUUCCACAAACCACCACGCAACGGUAAUCCCUCCAUCCAAAGUGGCUGUGACAAUUUGAUUCCAUGGGUGAUUCCUCACGAAACUGAAAAAAAAAAACAAGACCAUGAUUUUGGGGAUUUUCAAAAUCCAUAGAAGGGUCCUUUGAAGGAAGGAGUGAUGACAUAUACAGUGCCUUCAGAAAGUAGACACACACCUUGACUUUUUCCACAACUUGUUG